CUGUGUGGUUGGCGAAGGCGACACAAGUCCGUGUGCGGCAUAUCCUCGAUUCUCGAUUCUCCGUUCUCGGUUUGCUCCACUCCAAUUUGCUCCAGUCCCGAGUCCUGAAAAUCGCGAUAAAACCGAGGACAUUCGUGCGAGAGUGCGAGAGUGUGUUUGUGUCAGCGUGGCAGCUGCUGUGAAAAGGCAAAUUAUGAAUAAAAUGUAACCGACAAGAAAAGAAAAAACAAACAAAACAUAAUGCACUUGGGUGAAAAAGAAAACUAAUCUCUCCCCAGUUGGAAACACAAAAUUCAUUUUCAUAAGCAAGUGGAGUUUCCCCGUGUAUUUUCAUACUUAGUUUGACAAAUUAAAAUGCAUAAAUUAUGAAUGAAAGUACCGUUACGUGCGUGACAACCAAUCAUUUGUUAUUAUUAUGCACGUGGGCCAGCAGCAAAUAAAAACAGUGUGAGAGCGAAAGCUAAACUUGGCUAAAACACCGCCCCCAAUCCGCAAAAACCGUCCCCAUAAAUUCAGCCGGUGCGGAGGAGACCUUCUUUAAAGUUCUCUGAAAAAUAGAGCAAAACAAAAUAAAAAGAAAAGGCAUCGUCAGCAACAGAAAUAGCAGCAAUAAAUUGUCUCCGGAAACUUUUGCUGAUGUUUCAAUUAAAUUCAGAACGUUAAGAGACCCAAAAAAUAACAAAACAGGAAACCAAACUGAAAUAGAAAUAAAAGGAAGUGAAACUGGGAGGCAAAUACAAAUAGUGGCAGGACAUAACAUGUAAAUGCGACUGCCCAUAGAUGUCUGUGUGUGGGCGAACGCUUAAUAGGAAAAGCAAAUAGCAACGAGCUCAUGGAAAAUAAAUAUAAAUAAGCCAACGACAACGACGAGCACAACAACAAGAAAAGCAAUUGGUUGACGCUUUCCCUCGUUGGCGGUCAAGGAAAAUUUAUUGCAUUGCACAAAUGAGACAAGAAGAAAACGCAAACGAAGCAAAGGCAAACAUAGAAAAGCGCGAGCAUGGACAAGAAAAAUAGCCGAAAAUUCCGAAACAAAUUGAAAAACUAAAGUUUUAGCAUAAGAAAAACUAGCAGCGAAAGAUAUAUUUAAAAAAGAUACGCAGCAUGGAUCCUGCAAUAAACAGACGAUACUCCUUCACCCACGGCAUUCUCGCCUUUCUUCUGCUCCAACUUUGCUACGAAUCCGCGGAAUGCCUGACAAUGACCGAAAUCAAAAUCCCCAAGCACAUAAUGCGCCAUGAGGACGCCGCUCUUGGCUGCAAAUUCGAUCUCGACGGGGAGUCACUGUACUCGGUGAAGUGGUACAAGGACGGCUUUGAGUUCUAUCGCUAUGUGCCCAGGGACAUGCCCCCGGGUCAAGUUUUUCCACUGCCCGGGGUCGAUGUGGAGCUACAAAACUCGACGGACGUGGUUGUUGUCCUGCGCUCAGUUAGCCUUCAGUCAACUGGCCGAUAUCGCUGUGAAGUGUCCGGCGAGGCGCCUUCGUUUCAGACCGUUUCCGGUCACGAGGACAUGAUUGUUGUGGUGACUCCGAAGCACGGACCACAAAUCACGGGCGGACAGCCUCGGUAUCAAAUUGGCGACAUGGUGCGCGUCAAUUGCACCUCGGCGGCAUCUAGGCCGGUCUGCCAUCUCAGCUGGCUGAUUAACGGGAUGCACGCGAACCGCUCGCUGCUGCGACCUUUUGAACCCCUGAUUGUGGGCCGCGAGGGGCUGGAGGUCGCCCGAUUGGGCCUGGAGUUCCGGGUGCGCGGAUGACAUUUCAAGCACGGCGACAUGAAGUUGAAGUGUGUCGCCAAAAUCUCAUCCGUGUACUGGCAGAGCAACGAGGAGAGUGUGGAGAGCGACAAGCACCAGAGGAUUCCGGUCCUGGAGUCGCGGGAGACGGUCAUGUCCAAGUCACGUCAGUCCAUGGAGAAGGCCCAGUCCUCACACGAAGACAAACAACUGAAGAAGAGCCGACGCCCAGCAGCGGCAACUUCAGCGGCAGCAGCGGCUGCUGCCUCGUCCAGUGCAACAGCAACUAUGGCGCCAUUUGGGGCGAUCUGGGGCUCAUCGGCGCCCUGGUCACGCAUAUUAGCUUCCAAAUCAAUUGCACGCAUUUCCCUCUACGCGCUGCCAGUCCUAAUAGCAUUUCUGUGUAGCAUUCGACCGGCGGUCGAAGGAUGUUCCUGUCAGAGCAGCAAUGGCAACCGUGGCAGCCACAUCAGCAGCAGCAGCAGCAGCAGCAGCAGCAGCAGGAGGCGCAACAUCAGCAGGAGCAACACAAACAGGACCCGCCUGUCGAGCCAAUUAAGCUGCGAGAAGCCUGCUCUGCGUAGAUAACAAUUAACCAGAAAGCAAAUGAACAGUCGCGGCAUCAAAAGAGACUGUAUCAUUACCUAAAAUCCUAUUAAGUUUUUUGUAAAUAUUUCAAGUUUCAAGUUUCACAUCAAGUAUACGCCGCGUGUGCGGCUCGCUUAACUAGUGUAUGUACAUAUCCAUAUAUUUACCGUAUUUAUAUUACACAUUCAUUAGUGAAGCAUUGAAAUGUCGUUGUUCCUUUUUGGGCUUAUUUUGCUUGUCGGUCUUAGGGAAAAUGCUCAAAGUUGUUGGCUAUAAAAUUGCUUUAAAAAUAAGAAAGUGAAAACAUAUUUUCAAUGAUACGCAUAACUGUAUAAAUUAUAAAACUCAAGUAAGUAGCCAAAAAUGUAAUACAUAAGAAAAUAAUUAGGAGAGAUUCUUAAGCUAUUUAAUGUUUAGGAUGACAAUUAUAAACGUUGAAUCAAUAGAGGACAAAAAAGAAACAAAUGAUCGAUUUAAGAACUUGAUUUUAAUUAAAGCUUAGUAAGUAAUAUAGCCAACAGAAUCCUAGAACACAUUGUAAUUUGUACAAGUAAAAAAAUCAUUUAAUCUAAUCGUUGAUUCUUAACCAUUAAUUAAUAUUUAAUAUUUCAUUUUUUUUAUUUAUGUUGUAGUAUUGCAAAAAUAAAUUAAUUUUAGAUUACAAAAAAAUAUCUUGUAUUCAUUUGUUGAAGAACACAAAAAGUUUCGCUGAAUAAAGAAACUUCUUAAUAAUGAACUCCAAUAUCUGACUGUGUAAAAUCCUUGACAAUUGGAAUGAAUAAAUCAACACACCCCACACAUUAAAAUGAUUUUACUACACUUAAAUGUUUGACGCACACCUUGAGGCAUAUCUCGCCUGAGGAAAUCUUUAUCUCUCUCUUGUACGAUGAACAUAUUGUUAAAUGUUACCUAGACUAAGACCAUAACUAGCGAAAUCAUAUCCAACCAUAGAGAACUUAAGCCAAACAACCCUGUGUAGCAGUGUAAAAUAAAUGCGGAUAAUGAAUGUUAUUAAGUCUUUAAAAAAAAAAUAAAGAAUGCAAAAAAAAACCAAAUGA